ACUUUCCGUUGACGGAUUUAAAUUAGAGGCACACACCUCCUCGAAAGGGACGCCGAGACGCUUUCUGGUUGUCAGGCUGGUAACUAGAGACAUUAUUCCCUUUUUGAGAUGCUUAUUGUAUUGGGUGUUUAGAGGAAAGAGUGACAACAGUCCAACAUCAAGACCUACACAACAACAACGAGAGUUAAGUUAUGUCUAAGGAAGACACGUUAUCCCCAGAUGAGCUGAGGAAAAGACUCUAUCAAACGUUUAAAAAUAAAGGAGUUCUCGAUACACUCAAAACGCAGCUGCGGAAUCAGCUCAUCCAGGAGUUAAAACACCCACCUUUGACUGGAGGAGAACCAGUUCCCAGACCAGUACCUGGGAAAUCUGAACCCCUUUUGGUGUCAGCCUGUAACAGCAUAGUGUCUGAUCAUCUCCGCACCUCAGGAUAUGAGUACACCCUUUCUGUUUUCUGCCCUGAAAGUGGCUUACGCAAAGACAAGGUUUUGACGACAGGAGACCUUCUUCAGCUUCUCAAAAUUAGUCCGGAAUCAGCACUUUACAGAUCCCUGUCUUCAAACAAAGAUAACAAUGAUAAAGGGUUCCUGAUCAGCCUUCUAACACAGCUAACACACCAUUAUACUCACAGCCGGUGCCAUGAUGCUGACACUCAGACAACCAGCAUAGCAAGUUAUGGAGAGUCUCUUGUUGAGAAGAUGAAAAUGAUUGAUAAGGAGUAUGAGAGCUUCAAUUACAGUGGAGAUAAAUGGUUUUCACUCGAAUCAAAACUGGCUGCCUAUAGAAAAGAAAUUGAAGCACAGAUGCAAGCAGAAAUGAACACAAAGAUGCAACAUUUUAAAGAAGUUGAAAUCGCCACAGUGAAGAUGGAAGAAAAAGCUCAAUUUCAUAAAGAAUUUGAUAAACUGAAGCAAAAUCUGGAGAGGACUUACGAGAUGAAGGCAAAGGCGUUGCUGGAGCGGGAGAAGAAUGCCAUUGAUCGAUUACAAAAACAACAAGAGAUUGAAGAAAAAAAUGUGUACAUGCAGAGACAAUCAGUCCUGAAAGAAAUCGAAACGGUGCGGAACAGAGAGAAUGAGCUGAGGAUGAGAAUGGAGGCUUUUGAAAGGACUUGUCAAAUGCACGAGGAGAAGAUCAAGACCACGGAAGAGCUGCUGAGGAGAAGAGAACUGGCUGUGAAGACUAUGGAGGACACGUACGACCAAAGGCUAAAGAAUGAACUUUCCAGUUACCAGAUUGAGUUGAAGGAUGAAUUUAUCAAGAGAACAGAAACACUAACUGAGAGUGAGAACAGAAACAAAGUGGAAACUGUUCGUAUCCAAAAGGAGUCUGUUGUAAUUAAUGGAAAAUCAGAGGAGCACAGCAGAGCAUGUUCAGAGCUGAGACGGCUGCAGCCUGAGCUAGACACAGCACAGCAGCAGAUAUCUCUGCUGACUCAACAGAAGGAGCUUUUCAGGGAAAGACUGGAGACCAUGAGUGACUACCCCAGCAUGAACCGAGAGAAAGCAGAGCUGCAGGGGCAGCUGAGGCUGCUGAAGACACAGCUGGAGGAGGCCCAAGAGGAGAACCGGCUUCUCCAUGCAGAUUUGGGCAAGCCGUCCAAGGAGCAGCUGGGCUUGCAGAUGGAUUUACGGAGGCUGCAGAGCGCUCGCAGACUGGAUGAGGAAGAGUUUGUCAACCAGAAACAGGUGCUGCAGUCACAGCUCCAGAGUGAGGUGGAGCGGUGCGCUCAGCUCACGGCACAGUUGAUCGAGUGUGACGAGAGGUCACAGUGGAUGACUAACCACAUUGAGGAAAUGAAGAUCCAGCUUCGCCAAACUCAACAAGCUCUUGAAAAUGAAGUGCUGCGUAACCCCAAGCCCUCUCUUGUUGAUCGCUCAGUUCUGGAGCUCAGCACUGACAAGCUGGUUCCCCCUGACAUCUAUGUGGACCGAGCUCUGCUGAGGGCCAGGGUGGGUUAUGAUGACGUUUGUGAAGCAGGUUGGCCAACGCGAGGACACAAGUCCCCUUGGAGUGACGCUCCAGACUCCGACAUGGAGCUGGUGGCCGAGGCCAAGGCUCGGAUCCAGGAGCUGCAGAAGGAGGCUGAGACCUUGGAGGAAGCCUACAGGAACUACCAGCAGAGGGCAGUGCGCUCCACCAUCUCACACAUGCUUCCCCCAAGACCCCUUUCCCCACAACGAGCACAUCCUUCACAACAUCCAGACUCUCCUCUAAGAAAACAAGCUUCUCACCAUUCACACACCCACUCAUCCCACAAAUCAAAGGUCUCGCACAGACCACUGUCUCCACAAGCUACCAGAACCUUCUCCUCUGCGCCCUAUGACACCAGAAACAUCGUGCCACCUGCACAACUAAGAGUGACCUUCUCAGAAGACCAUAACCUGCCCCAGUCCACAGUUUUCCCUGACCACAGUCUCCAUUCAUUGACUGAAUCUCUGUUUCUAAGAGAUGAACACCCACAGGACGCAAGCAGCUCUCCAUCCAGGCGUCUGUCCUCCACACUGCAGUCUCCCUCCAGGAAGAAGCUUGAAAGAGAGAUUGCAGAAGAAGCAGUUGUGUCUCCAAUAGCGUUCCCGGACUUGUCGUUUGACAGACAGCUCCCUCGUGACCCCCACGACGAGGUGGCGUCUUCAGGUGACUUCUCCUCUGAGCUCAGUCCACCUCGCAGCCCACAGCUCAAGAGCACAGCACGAGACCAUUACAGUCCACCAAAGCUGCAACCUGUGCUCUCCAGCUCGGAUUCUUCCCCACAGCCUGACAAAAUAUGCCUCGAAGAUCUAACAGGGAUCUUGUCAGAGCCCGGCCACAUUCCAGAGCUUCUCCUGGACACUGCCGUCCCUCUCUCUGAGGAGGCCCCUGACGGCCCCGCUGUCCCCCGCCCACAGGACCUCCCAGAAGACCCGAUAGACUUGAAGGGCCAAGCGGAAGUCCCACAGGCCUCAGGUGAAUCUGCUAGGGAAGAAGAUGAAGAGGAUGAGGAGCAGAGGUGGGAAAGGGAGCGAAAGGAAAGACUAGAACAAAGACAAUGGGAGCAAGAGGAAGCCAGAGAGAGGGAGCUACAGGAACUUGAAAGACUGGAUAAAGAGAUGCUUUUGCGAGAGAUGGAGCAACCAAGACAAGAAGAAGAAGAAGAAGAAGAAGAAACUGGGAUGAAGAAAGAAGUUGAUGAAGAGCAGAAGCUAGAGGCAGAUCAUGACGGUGAGGAGUCUGAAGGUGAAAAUCCACUGGAGAAAUACAUGAAGAUGGUCCUGGAAGCGAGAGAGAAGCAGCACGCAGAGAUCCCUGGAAGAGAAGAAGCAGGACGUACGAGCCCAGAAGCCAAGAGUUUGUCUGAGGAGAAAGAUAACAGCGUUGCAGCAUAUUCACACAAGGAUGAAGAUGAGGAUUUCUGGUGAGCUGGUUGUUCGGGAGUGCUAUCCUAAACCGAUGAAUUACACGACCCUCUGUAGUCUUGUACUGUUUUUAAGUGUGAAGCAUUCAUUGUUUUAUAUUUUCUGUUUUAUGUAUAUUAAUGUGUUUUUGUGUGUGUGUGUGUGUGUGUGUGUACACAUGACACUCUUUUACAUCAACUGCAUAGGAUUGAAUAAAUCAUAUUUCAUCAUA